GCUAACUGUUAGCGCACAAUUUGAGCGGAACGUUACUUCUGUCAUUUGAAUGGUUGUCUUUGUUGACAAAUGUCGAGAUCCGAUUUCUCUUUGUGUGAUCUUGAUUAAUAUCCGGUUUCGAUAAUUUCAGUGUUACCAGGUAAUGGAACAGCAGCAUCUACACGUUAUCCCAGAUAACGUUUUGCUACACUUGUACACACGCUUUAUUCUUAAUUUAUCCGAAGAGAUAAAACGAGAAUGCACGAAAAAUUUCGUUAGGAUAUUUUUUGAAGUCGAACGAGCACAUUGGUUCUAUGUCGACUACUGUAUUGAAGAUCCAUCUGUGGGCGGUGUUGAUAUGUUUGGCCUUACACAACAGUGUAAGUAUUCUUCAAUAAUGAAUAAAUUAUUCAUUAGUAUUUAAGAAGUUUCCAUGUAUUGUACCUAAGGGAAUAAAUUGGCAAGAAAAGUUUGUUGAGUGGAGAAAAUAUCGUGGAUCCACAUGUACCGGGAGUGUAAUAAUUAUUGAUGAACACUACAAAAUGAUCCUUUUAGUCCAGGGAUUUUAUGGCAACCGUUGGAGCCUUCCGGGUGGUAAAGUAAAUCAGAAUGAAUCGCUUGUCGAUUGUGCUGCUCGCGAAGUUAUGGAAGAAACAGGAUUGGAUCUGGGUAAUCGUAUAUCACCAUCUUUGUAUAUCGAUCGUCAUAUUGGGGGUUCCUUAAGACGAGCAUUCAUUGUUGAAGGACUACCAAGAACAUCUCGACUGAAACCUGGAACAAAAAAUGAGAUCGAAGCUAUAACCUGGUUUGAAGUUGCGGAUUUGCCAAUACAUAUCGAAGAUACUGCAACUAUAGAGAAAUUGAAUUCUAAACCGAACAACUUCUUCUUGGUUAUGCCGUUCGUCCUGCAACUAAAAUUAUACAUAGAUCAACGAUUGCUUGGAAAAUCUUCCGCAGAUGCAUUAACAGAAUCACAACGUCUUUGUGGUAUUUCUGUGAAUGAGUGCCCCACUUACCCUCAGCAUUCAAUAGGCAAUUCGCUAAAUUUAAAGGUGAAUGCCACAAGUGCUGCAUUUAGAAAAAAAAGAAAAAAAAAGAAGUCAACUUCAUUAAUAAGCUGUUAUAACUGUUUAUCUGAAGACGGUGAAAAAUCUAGAGACCAAAGAAACUGUAAUAAUAUAUCCACUUCUGCUGAAUCUAAAGUGAAACUUUUUUUCUUAUCAAUGAUGGAUACGAAAACAUCAAAUAUUCAGAAUACCCGCAAUAAUAAUGAUAGUACUAAUGAUGCUACUGAACUGCAACUGGCAACAUGUUGGCAAUCACUUCAGCUUGACAACAAUAAACUGCUGGAAUGUCUAUGUGGUGAUAAAAUUCGAUUGAAUUCUAAAUAAAGAGUGAACGCAUGAUUUUCUUGAGUUUGGAAAAGUGAAAGGAAAUAUAAAAUAAACAGGAAAAAUGAUAUUUUGUCAGAUUAUUUUUAAAAGAAAAGGCAUUUUAUAUUAUUCCUUUAUUAUUAUCGUUCAUAUCAUCGUACCAUAAAUAUACAUAUAUAUAUUUCUGUGUAUAAUUUUUAAUAAACCAAGUCAUUUUCA